UUGACAUCUCAAAAUUUAUUUUCAUGACGGAUUAUAAUGAUAAUUUCGGGACAAUUUCGCAUGGUUUUGCCUUAACGUCUAACGUGCAUAGGGAUUAUAACCUGGAAAAAUGUCUCAUCAUAAAGACGAACAAUAUAUUGGGCCUUAUCGGCUGGAGAAGACGCUUGGAAAAGGGCAGACAGGUCUUGUAAAGCUCGGUGUCCAUUGCAUCUCAGGGAAGAAAGUUGCUGUCAAAAUCGUCAACAGAGAAAAGCUCAGUGAAUCAGUUCUCAUGAAGGUCGAGCGGGAGAUAGCCAUAAUGAAACUCAUCGAACAUCCACAUGUACUUGGACUCUUCGAUGUUUACGAAAACAAGAAAUAUUUAUAUUUAAUCCUAGAACAUGUCUCCGGUGGUGAAUUAUUUGACUAUUUAGUAAAAAAGGGUCGACUGACGCCGAAGGAAUCACGUCGAUUCUUCAAACAAAUUAUAUCAGCGUUAGAUUUUUGUCAUAGUCAUUCCAUAUGUCAUAGGGACUUAAAACCAGAAAAUUUACUACUGGACGAAAAGAAUAAUAUCAGGGUUGCAGACUUUGGAAUGGCGUCGUUACAAGUCGAAGGGUCCAUGUUAGAAACGAGUUGUGGGUCUCCACAUUAUGCUUGCCCAGAAGUGAUACGGGGCGACAAGUAUGACGGUAGGAAGGCAGAUGUCUGGAGUUGUGGUGUUAUAUUAUAUGCCCUUUUAGUGGGCGCCUUGCCAUUCGAUGAUGACAACCUCAGACAACUUUUAGAGAAAGUCAAGAAAGGAGUGUUCCACAUACCUCACUUCGUGCCCCCGGAGUGUCAAAACUUAUUACGGGGGAUGAUAGAGGUCGACCCAAAGAAAAGGCUGAAACUUGAAGAUAUACACAAGCACCCCUGGGUUUUAGGGUGGCGGACUAACCAGCCUGUGCCCUUCUCAUCUAACUUAUUCCAUAGUGACACAAGAAGUGAUGUAGAGUUAGAACUUCCAAUGACGCAAGUUGUACAGACUUCUGUUAUUCCUGGUGUAGAGGACUUGGAUCCUGAUGUAUUAAGCACAAUGAACUCACUGCAGUGUUUCAAAGAUAAAGAUAAAUUGAUAUCGGAGCUGUUAGGUCCAGUUCAUAAUACAGAAAAAGUGGUUUACUUCCUGCUGUUAGAUAGAAAAUUACGAAAUCCCUGUCAUGAAGAUUCAGAAGAGAUCCGGAGCAAAUCAGAGACAGUCACAUCUUCUAUUACAGUGGACCCGCCGAGAAAGCGGAUAGAUUCAGUUCAGCUUAACGGAUCACCAAGCCGGCUCUCAUUAGGAAGCAUAAGUGAAGGCUCUCCUGUGGCUUCUAGGAGGACUCUCGCUGUACAACAAGCGAGGAAGAACAGUUUGUCAUCAGUUAAUAGCACACCGUCAGCAUCACCGCUCAAUAGUCCCAAGAUGCCUGUGCGCGGUCUGAGCACGCCAAGUGACAGCCCACAGCAGACGCCACCAGGCUCGCCGGGCGUCCAGCAACCAACACCGUGGAAGACACGGCUCAAUACAAUCAAGAAUAGCUUCCUAGGAUCACCAAGGUUCCAUCGGAGGAAGAUGCAAGUUCCUGUGGUGGAAGACAUCACUUUGACACCAGAUUCAUCACCAGAAUUAACAAAGCGGUCAUGGUUCGGUGCUCUCAUGGGAACUGAUCGGGAUGAACAUCACUUCAUCAUGAUCAAAGGAAAACCCAUCAGUCAAAUCAAGGCUGAUCUAGUCCAUGCAUUCUUAUCAACCCCUGAUCUUAUCCACAGUGUCAUAUCGCCCGCAUCAUUUCGGGCAGAGUAUCGUCGGGCGGGCGGCACGUCCAUGUUCUCACGGAACGUCAAGUUCCAAGUUGACAUUAUCCAUGCACAUGUGGAACAUGGGGACGACCAGGAGGUCUACUGUGUUAACUUUAUAUUAUUAUCAGGUCCGGUGAGGCGAUUUAAGAGAGUGUGUGAACUGAUUCAAUCACUUUUAAACGCGCGGUCCGUAUCGCAGAUCAGCCAUCGCAAGAUCAGUUCUGAUCUUAGCACCAGUUCCGCUUCCUCGUACGGUUCAGAGCGCUCACCGAGUCUGGCCGGAGAUGAUGAAAUCUUAUCCUUACAGGUCUUCGAGCGCGAACGGAAACCGCCGGUGUCGCCACGGCGACCCGAGCAACAACAACAACAACAACAACGGGUGAUAGCCAACGGCCGUUCGAAACAAUCGCAAUCACAGUCAUCGUCGAAGCAAUCGUUCACGGAGAGUAGCACACCGACGACGCCGAACGGGGGACACAGCAACGACCACGUCUGACAAUUACCGAAUGCUGCAUAUUCAAACCCCUUGAUACGUGAAGAGAGCACUAAUACAUCUAUACACACAGUGAACCAGGAAGAUAAGGUACUGAAUCUGAUCACUCAAAACAUGGACCAGCUCAUGUCGUGGAGCCAGACAUCGAUUUGUAGCUGAAAUACUAUCCCUGUUUAUAGUAAGGAAUGAGGAACCUGCAUUUUGAUCACCGAUGACAUACAUAUACUACCCUUUACUGAUCUACACUAGACCGCAAGACAUCAAAAUGGAAAAACAACGACUGAAUAUUUUGUUAAGAAGAAAAUCAUUAUGGGUUGUCGUGAACAAGAAAUACAGCACCUGGUUUGGUGUCAAGAUGUGGGUUCCUCAUUGACCGGGUAUAAAAAAUCCUGCACACUUUUGUCAAAAUGCUAAUGUUUUGAAAACUUCUGAAACCUACAUGUAUCAUUUCAAAUCAGUAGUAUGCAAUAAGCACUCCUAUUUCAAUGUUUUACCAAUGAAGAAGAAAAAAAUCAGCAAUCAAAGCAUAACCAAUGCUGUGUUUACAAGAAAUUUAAACUUUUUAUACCCUGUCAGAUAAAUUUCAGCUCCUUGUUCGGAUGCAGUAACCAUACUGGUGACAUUGACUUUAUGUACAUUACUCUAGAAACUCGCUCUAGUCGUCUGUCUGUUUAGUAAGCUUUGCAGAACUGAGGUAUUAUUUCUUAUUCCUCACAGUAAUUAAUUUCUUUUCGUAAAAAAUGGGCUCCUUAUAUAUUUCCUUUGUCUAUUUUAUGCAGCCAGGAGAAAUUACUUUCGAAUCAAAAUUUGUGUAAUAAAUGCUUUUUAGACCUCAGUUAUAUUGUUGCUCAAGUUCCACAGGCACUGUAUGUGUUCAUAUUACUAUGGUACGUUCAAAGCAUUGGCUAAUAUCCAGUGCCUGUUGAAAUCUUGUGACAGGGCAAACUCAGAGUAUAGAGGUAUGCCUACGUGUACGUGUGCAGAGGCAUGUGAGGCAGUUAAUAGUGAGCUUCUGCAUGGUAACAAACUACAAUUAGGAAUUACAAAUUCUUUGUAAUCGAACAGAUUAAAACGUUUACAAUUCAUGAGUGAUGUGGAAACUCACUAAUGAGACUUUAAAAAGCCAGUUACAUGAGCCAGUUUCUUUUCUCAAUCUGGACUAUCAGCCAAUUGCUAUAAGACCCCGCCUAUUUCCUUCAACAGUUCUACACCGUUCUAUUCAUUUAACUCUAGUCAGUAUCCUCUAGUCAUAUAGCAAUGGUGUUAUCAGCAUCAUCUUGAGCAAUUAAGAACCAAAAUGUUUGCAAUAAUGGUCUGCUAUGGCUGUAUACACCACGUUCUGUUUGAACAAAUUUCCCCAACUGUAUAUUAUUCCAAAUCAUACAUGCAUGUAUAUUUAUUUUUAUGUUUGAAUCCUGAAGUUAAAACCAGCUGUAUUCAGUAAAAAUUCCAAUCAUGAUAAUGUAUUCUGAGAAUUACCGCUCCAAAUAAUAGUUCCCUUGGGCUUUUCUGAAAGAUUAGGGUCUCGGGGCCAAGAAACUACUGAGAACCUCCUUCUCUUACCCGUCUGCUAUAUAUUCAUGAAAAUUCCUAUUCAAAAUUAUGGAAUCCUUACCCUUAUUUAUUCUUUAGGAAAUUCAUAACUUCAUGGAAUUCCUCUAAACUAUGUAACAAAUGUUGCAUUAACAGAGAGAUAUGCGUUAUGCUGCAUAUUUGCCAAUUAUGUUGCAUUUUGGGUAUUUGUUUCCCCCAAAAUGCAUCGUUUUUGGAACUCAAACCGGAAAAUGUACAUGAAUGUUUUUGUGUCCUGGAUGUGUGCAUAUGUGUACUUGUAUAUUGAGACAUUUCCAGUGUACAUACUCUUUGUAAUGCCAUGGAACAGUUCCAUGAAAAUAAUGUAAUAGUGUACCCAAUUUUAGCGGCAACGUUUUGAUGUAAUUGUGCAAUAUGUGAUCAUGGUACUGUUUGAUGUAAUGGUACCAUUUGUAUCACUAUUUUAAGGGCUGGUUUGCUAUAGGCUAGGCUGAUGGUACCAUAAUAUUGCAUUGGUCUCAUGACUCAUGAUAGUGUGUCAUUAUUGUGUUCCAUGGUGUGGAUGAUGAUAUUUGGUUAAAAUUGAUACCAUGACAUGAUGGUACCAUUAUGUUAUACAGUUGGUUCAUAAUGGCACCAUUUUGUUACAAUUGGUUACAAUUGGUACCGUGCAUCUAGUGGGAUGAAUGGGUUACAAUGGUCCCAUGCCAUGAUGCUACCAAUUUGUUACGCAGUUGGUACCAUGACAUGAUAAUGCUGUGAUGUUAUACAUUUGGUACUAAUGAUGGUACCAAUAUAUCUUGCAGUUGGCACCAUUAUGUUAUGCAGUUGGUACAUAUGCUCCUAUAACAUAUGAUUGUGCCAUUGGGUUUCAAUUUGCACCAUGUCAUGAUGUUACAGUUAUGGUACAAUGUAAUGGCGGUCUCAUAUCAUUUAACAGUUGAUACUUCCACCUCAUGGUACCAUUAUGUAUAUGGUCGGUACCAUUGUGACAUCUCAUGGUAACAUGGUAACAUGAUAUUGUGGUACACUCAACAUUAUGUAGUACAUUUGGUGACAAAAGGUUCCACAAUGCUGCAAUUGGUACCUGUAAAUAAUGGUGCCAUUAUGGUAUGAUGUUGGUACCAUUACAUUAUACUGUUAACAUCAUGACGUGAUGGUACAACUAUGGUAUUAACUUAGUACCACUACAUUAUGUAUUGGAUGGUACUAUUUCAUACAAAUGGUAAUUCAUACUUUUGGUAAAUUGAUUGACCCUCGUCGGAAUGAUUUUGUUGACGUAAUAUGUUGGAUAUCAUCAUGCUGGAAGAUCUGUUAGGACCCAUUUUGACAUUAGUUUAAAAAACCUCUGUCUUGAAUUAAAUUGUAUCAUGUACUAUACCUAUAACGCCAUCUCAUCAAAAUUGACCCUGCAGAUGCUGUGUAAAAAUAUGAUGGUACCAUAACAUUUAUGAAAUGUACUGAGGGUAACAUUAUAUGGCACCAUUAGUUGCAUAUAAUUAUUUAUAAUGGCUUGUGAAUAUGAUGGGUAUUUAUUAAUGAUAUUUAAUAACAAGGCCAAUGUGAUGAAAUCUUAUUACCAUGAGCAGAAUUAUAUAAAUAACAUUGGAGUUAUGUUUAUAAUCAAACGUAGUUCUACUUAUGACCAUUUCAUUUGAUCUCUUUGAAUUUCAAUAGGCUUACUCGGUUUUUGGACCAAUUUUUUUAACCAAAAUGUUCUGGGAUAUUUCUCCAGAAUAUCAGUUUUGUUUGCGGAGAAUAAUGCUUUGUGAUGGCUCUUAAUCUUUUGCUGCUUGACUGUGUAGUGUUGGGGUAAAUUUAGACUGCGAGUUUCCCAGUCUAAGGCCUGCCCAGAUAGUUGAUAUGACUCGACAAAUAGUCCAUUAAGGGGAUAUGAAGCGAAUUCAUUGCCAAAGAUUUUAUUCAUUAGCAACUGUUCAUUAGAGACAUGAUUUCUUGUCUAUCAGCCCCCCCCCCCCCCCCAUAUCAUUCUAUACUUGCAGCAGGUCCCUGAAUCUGUCAAUUUGCAAGAUCAGCUUCAAUUUUGAGUCAAUAUGCCAGGCUUUUAGCACUUGUGUGUUGAUUUGGUCGGAGAGAAAACCAUAAGUUUCAGUGCGCAGCAAUCUGGGCAGAACUGCUGCGACUUAUAGAACUGGCAAGGUGUAUCUUUUCCUUUGGUCGGUCAGUUGGGGACACUGCCUCUAGUCAACUGUGCUCUUAUUGAAAACACGUAAAUUCGCUUUUUCUUGCCAUUCGUCUGGAAAACUCUAAACCUUGCGUAAAGGCCCCUGCCUUGUGGUCCUAUCCUUAUUACUGUCAUGUUGUCCAAAUCACAGUGUCAAUCAUCCAUAUUGCUGUGGUAAGUCAUAUUCUGCCACGGUCACUGAUGUCGAUGUUUUUUCAAAAUUUUUCUGAAAUCAAAGGGGCUUGCCUCCGCCCUGGAUUUGCACCUGCCCUUUAUAUGCUGAGGUGGAAGUAUAUGGUUUACCAUGAUGUAAAUUAUGCACAAUUUGUAUAAAACACCGAAUAGACUUUUAUCACUGCAUAGUCACGUUUUGAACAGCUCAUUGUACAUUUGGGCAAAUGUACAACGUGUGACAUUCUCUAUAACCUUUGCUUGGUAUGGGGUAUGGUUGUUCAUUUCCUUGUAUUCAACUGCGUAUGCUGUGAGAUGUGGGGUGAGGGACUGAUGGUGACCUCUAUUGGCAAUUCAAAAAUGCAAGAAGUACAAAACAACUGGGUGGAUCGACUCUCCAGAUCAGUAAUAAUUUAACCCCGAGAGUGCAGAGGGGUUGAUAAUGAAAAACUUGGGUGUUUCUUUAUGGACUUACAAUCAUCAGCAUCAUCAUCAUCAUCAUCAUCAACUAGGCACUGUGACGAAUGUAUUUGUUAUUGACAUAAAUUCCUAUACAAUUGUUGUUCCAAAGCCUGGUCUGAUGAUGAAAUCUUGUAUGUGACUUUGUACAAUUGUAAUGUAUACUUAAACACGACCAUGUGUACAUAAAAAACGAAUUCAUGACUUGUCUGUGUUUAGCCCUUUGCUCCUGGUGGGUGUAGUUUACCAGAGAUGAAGAAACAUUUGACAAAUUGGGUUUUUGUGUACAUUUUGAAUCAAAUUACUGUGACAUCAUUAUGAAGCUGCCCUUGCCGGUACUUUCCAACAUGGUGAAAGCACCUGCAGAUUGACGGAGGUAUAAUUCUAUAUUCAAGAGUGUAGGUGCAACCCAGAAAGUUAUUGGUCCCCUUUUGUUUUUAUCAUGAUGAGGGGGAGGGGGAUUUUAGUUGUGUAUUGCUGGAUUAAAGACUCAUCUUUGCAUUUAUUUCAGCCCGAUUUUUUGAGAUGGGUUGAAAGAAGUUAACAUUCGCUACAGCAUAGAUGUAGCUUGCAAUUUGACUGAGACUGGGGGGGGGGGGGGGGCAUUGAUUAAUGUACAUACUUCAUUGUUGGCCUUGGUAAUCCUCGGGGGAUUAUGAGUUGAUAUAUUAAGUGGCAGUGCAGCUUUAAUUCCCCAACAUCCUUUUUACGGAUCAACCUCGCUGUAACGACUCCUUGCAAUCCAAGGAAAAGAUCCCUGAUAGCGAGGGGACAGUUAAAGCGAGGGAUGAUGCGGGCUACUGCCAGAUACACUGGAGUUUUUUUUGUUGACGAAACUUGAAACAUGUGCAGUGAUAAAUCAGUGUGCAAAGUUGAUCCUGCAAUUUUCAUACAACAAAUAUUGCAACAUGUGCAGUUGACAAUUGAUCAACGCUUUCAGUGAGGAUAACGUGAGUGUUAAAGUGACAAACUAAAAUCGAAAGUUUUCUAGUCAUUUAAAAGCUGCCGAUCACAUUUUCAUACCAAUAAUUGCCCAAGUGUUGUAGUCUUGGACAAAGCACUUGACCAUGUUUGUGUGUCACUAGCAUCAGUUCCUCUAUAACUAUAUCUCCGUUUCUGUGGUUAAAUGUGAUGCUAUUUGUCAUUUUGUUUAUUAUCAUUUCUGUUGAGUAGGAUCAGUAACUUCGGUGGUGCUUGGUCAGGCAGUAGGAUUGCUUUAUGUAAGUAUGGUAUUUGGAAGGAAGAUGGAGAGUUAUAACAAUUUGGGAAAAAACACCGUUAUUUGCCAUAACAUUCUUUGCCACAACAGUCACAUUUCUGUAAAUUAAAGGCCAGAUUCAUUUGUUCACAAAUUUGAAAUUGGAUUUGAGACUUCAAAUUAUGUAAAUACAGUACGCCCUGCAAAUACAUUUCAACAAAGCUAAGCUGUCCACCAAUAUAAAAGCACUACACAUUCCAAGUUUCAUCAUGCUGGUGUGUCCAGUAACUGUACUACAGCCAUGUUAAGGUCUAAUUACUAGUAUCAGUGGGCCAAAUAUAAACAAUGAAUAUUGAUACCCUGGCCUUUAAGAGACUUGCAUGGAAAAAAAAUUUUGAAUUUUUCUGCAAAAGAUGGUUUUGGGUUGAAGAAUGCACCAAUUUGCGUAAUUAAUGAAACCUAAAUAUGAAAAGGAUGUUUCUUUGGACAAAAUGUGGCCGCAAAAACUAAAAGGGUACCAGGUGUAGUAUCUAAUGGAACAUGAAGUCAUGAUCAUGUUUAGGGUUUGAGCUACUGCAAACCGGUGCAUGGCCAUUGUGUUCAGGUGCUGCCAUCUAGUGAUUUGUCUGCUAUGAAAGCAGCGACUGCAUGGUAAGUGGAGUAUUCUGGUCACAGAAUUGAUUAUACCGCCAUAAGAGUUGUGUGGUCGCUCGAUUCACGGAUGCCUUGAUUCCGUUCUGGUGAAAUCUGGAACCAAAAGGAUGUUCCUCAGUAAUCCAAUAGAUGGCAGCACUGGUUCUUAGUUGCCAAUGUUUGACCAAUUCUGUAUCUUUUCUCUGUUCUGUACAAACUUGAUCCAUGGGGUCUUCCUGUUGUAUAGGCUUGUCUUCAUCAUGUAGAAAUACUCACUAAAAUGGGACAUUCAUAAAAUAUGCUGGCUAGCACAUUGGGUAUGCAUUUCAAACCUCUUCAGGUUUGAAUGGGGUUUGAAUGAAAUUUGGUUAAUACAGUUUGUGGAAUUCUGCUGGGGCAAUUUUGGGUAAGGUAAAGUGGUGCAAUUAUAGCCUCCUUACAAUAAUAGCCCCAUAAGUGUAGAAAAAGCACAUUAGUGCACACAGAGGCUAAUUAUAACGGGCUAUGAUUGUACCACUUCAACUUAUGUCUAUUUUGUUGUAUGAAAUAUUUUGGAAUCUGAUGGCAAUACUUUGGAAAAUCUGAUCAUAUGACACUUCUUAUCUUUGAUCAGUCAGUUAAUACAAUUGAAAGAACAUGAAUAGAUUUACCUCUUCAUGAAUGUCUUUGGGAAAACUUAUGCUGCUGGCAUCAAAUGUUCUUGAUCUAUUUGGUUUUCAAUUUGAAUGAGGAUUGUCCUUACUACAUGUUCAUUAUGGGGUAUGAUCGAAUAUUUAAAUGCAAAAAGUCAUUUGGGGCUCACUUCCAUUUCUUACAUACAGCCCAUAGUUUAUGAAUGUCCCAAUCUCACUAUGAUGCGCACUGCACUGCCCUGCAUAACUAGCCUAUGGUCUAUAAAAAUGGUAGAUUUAAAUUAUCGACAAUUUCAGUGAAAAUAAAGAUGUAACAUAAAUUUA